AUGAGGUCGAAGAACACGCAGAAAGAUACAGAGGAGAAGAAGAAAGCUGAGAAGGCGGCGGAGGUUGGGCAGAACAGGAGAAGGGGAAGAAGGAAGGAACGACUUAUCCGGGAGUCUCUGGGUGGGUUGAUGAGAGGUCGUGGUAAUCCCAUAAUACAGCCGUCCCGUGAGCUUGAAUUGCAGAUCGUGCAAAGAAAAGCAGCUCGUUGCCAAUCAGACAGCUCUAUACCAAGCGGAUUGUUAGUUAAUACCCAAUACAGUGAGACCGGGUUGGUAGCGGAUCAGACUAACCCAUUCGCAGUGUAUUCACCACCACCAUCCUGUACGGGCGUUGCAUAUGUGGUCUUUGCUGCCAAGUCAACUCGACAUAUCAUCCCACUGUGGGAUGGAGAGACAAACAUCCUCGUCCUCGGAUGA